AUGUUGUCUAAAUCUCUUGUCGCAGGCGCAAUUCUAAGCCUUUUCCUUUCAGCAACGGUUGCCGAAGACGCCCCUGUCAUCAAAGACAAUAAGCACGAUACCGUGUACGAAGUCGUUCUGCAGGACAAAGACAACUCCACCGUCCGAGGCUCCUUCACUACUUGGGGUGCGGAGAACGGAGUUGGAAUCGCUUUUCGUGUGGCACUCACCGGAGUCCCCAAAGACACAUUCCUGAAUUAUCAUAUUCACGACAAGCCUGUCCCGGAAGAUGGCAAUUGCUAUGCCACCGGUGGCCACCUUGACCCUUACAAACGCGGCGACCAGCCACCCUGCAAUACCACCGAGCCUCAGACAUGCCAGGUGGGCGACGUGAGCGGAAAGCAUGGGCCCGUCUGGACUCCCGACGAGGAUUUUGAUGUUACUUACACCGACUACUUCCUUUCGAACGUGGAAGAUACUACUUCCUUUUUCGGUAAUCGCUCGAUCGUUGUUCACUUGCCUGACAACAAAAGGAUCAAUUGUGGUAACUUCCGCCUGGUGUCUAAUAAGGGGGAGGAGGAUUUGAAGGAAAAAGAGAAGAAGAAUUGUCUUGAUUAA